AUGCCAGAAGCCAUGGACCGGCUCGUCAUCCUAUGCCACCUUAUGAUUUUAUGUUUGAAUCCAUCCGGAGCCACCAGCCUCAUCACAGUGAAUGCAUUUGAAACAAGAGGUCAGCGCGUGUGCAAAGCGGGCAACAGCAAGCCGUGUUACAAGCUCGCUUACUUCUCCGACCUGCGACGGAGGUUGAAUUUCGCCGAGGCCGAACUAGCCUGCCGUCGGGACGGCGGGCAGCUGCUGAGCGUGGAGUCGGCGUCCGAGCAGAAGGUCAUCGAACAGCUCAUUACAGAGUUGAGGCCGACAGACGGAGACUUCUGGAUCGGACUCCGGCGUAACCACGGUGAUGAGGACAGCAGCGGGAGCAGCGAUUGUUCGUCGCAGUACCGCUGGUUGGAUGGCACAAAGUCAACAUUUAGGAACUGGCACUGGGAUGAGCCAUCGUGCGGCUAUGAGGUGUGCGUGGUGAUGUAUCACCAGCCAUCCGCUCCGCCGAGCCUUGGCGGCCUUUACAUGUUUCAGUGGAAUGACGACAACUGUGAAACCAAGCACAAUUUCAUCUGCAAAUACACAGCAGACAAGACAGCUGUUUCUUCUCCGCCCAACUCUACACAUGCAGACAUCUUCCCCUCAUCGGUGCCUUGGAAUCCAAGCGACCACAAUGCAAAGAGGAGUACAGCAUUGAACGUGAUCUACAUCAUCAUCCCCACAAUUCCGCUCAUUCUCCUGCUGCUGACGGUAACCUGUGUCUGCUGCUUCAAAAUGCUCGUCGCGAGACGGACGAAAAAGCAGAAGUCAGAAGUAACGUUGACGGACACGGGCCCGACGACAGCCGACGUGUAUAAUGUGAUUCGCUCCCAAAAAGAUGACGACUUGGUAUCUGCGCGCCCGCAUACCAAAAACACGUCCUUUCUGUGCUCGUCCCCUGACACCCCCACGGGCGAUUACGACAACCUCGGAGGCCGCGACACCGAGAGCGGCUUUGUAACUCUGGCCAGCACUGAGAGCUGCUUCCUUAACUUUGACCUCAAUGACCUCAGCUUGGGUCGUCGUGGGACGCGCGACCUCUACAACAGCAGCUUAGGUCGCCCGGCGAAGAAGGAGGCAAUCGACGGGAGUCCGGCUCGACCUGGACAGUUUUACGAGCGCAGUCUAGGCCGGCGCACCACCAAAAGCGAGCAUUUCGGUAGCGGCGGCGCCUACGGGGACCAUGAGUUAUUUGACGACAUCCUUGCCGCGAAGAGGGAGCUCUACGAGCCUAAAGUGGCGACCGGGAGUGACGCUGUCAAGGCUGAUAUGUAUCAGACCUACAGCAACAAUGGCAAAGUGGACUCUUACCAAAGCAUUCUGGGAACAUACGGAGGUCGUAAACCUUACCAGGCCACGCUGGAUAGCUACAGAGGCGGCUUGAAUCUCAAUGGAGGAAGGAGAUACCUGGAUGAACAACAGUGGCUGGACAGCGAGAAGUACUGA